AAUGUUCAGUUGAACUGCUCGUAUCACUCAUGUGUUUUAGUCAACAGUACUACAUUGAAGGUUAAAAGCUGUGCUCCAUCUGUCUGUCCAAGUGGAUCCGUCAACCUUGGCAUUGGACGAGUCUCUUCUGUGUGCUGUAACACAGAUCUCUGUAAUGCCCAAGAUGCUCCAGAUCUCAGCAAUAACGCUCCCAAUGGAAAGAAAUGUUAUUACUGUGAUGGACAGAGCUGCUCAAACACAGUGAGCUGUUCAGGGAGUGAAUGCAACAGUUUGGGAGGUCAGCCAACGCCUGUUAAAGGUUGUGCCUCGAAAUCUAUUUGCGAUGCCCCAAACUUGAUUCCUACUGUGGAUGGUGUCUCAUGCUGUGAGGGGAACCUGUGUAACGGUGCUCAGAGCGUCACUCAGAGCUUCCUGUUCCUCUGCUGUUCUCUGCUCUCCUUCAUCCUGCUGCACUGA